AUGAGCGGAGGGGUCUACGGAGGAGAUGAGGUUGGGGCGUUGGUCUUUGACAUUGGCUCAUUCUCUGUCCGGGCUGGCUAUGCAGGGGAAGACUGUCCCAAGGCAGAUUUUCCCACCACUGUGGGUUUACUCUCCCACGACGAGUCAGCGAUGGAGCUGGACGGAGAGGAGAAGAAAACUGGGAAGGUCUACUACAUUGACACCAACUCCUUGCACGUCCCGCGGGAGAACACAGAGGUCAUUUCGCCACUCAAGAAUGGGAUGAUUGAAGACUGGGACUGUUUUCAAGCCAUACUGGACCACACCUACAACAAGCAUAUCAAAUCGGAGCCAAACCUGCACCCUGUGCUCAUGUCUGAGGCCCCGUGGAACACGCGCGCCAAGCGUGAGAAACUGACGGAGUUGAUGUUUGAGCAUUACAGCAUCCCAGCUUUCUUUCUCUGCAAGACGGCUGUCCUCACAGCUUUUGCCAAUGGAAGGAGCACUGGCCUUGUCCUGGACAGUGGGGCAACACACACCACAGCCAUCCCAGUUCAUGAUGGUUACAUCCUACAGCAAGGAAUCGUGAAAUCCCCCCUGGCUGGAGACUUCAUCUCCAUGCAGUGCCGUGAACUUUUCCAGGAGAUGAACAUCGAGAUCAUUCCGCCCUACAUGAUUGCAGCCAAGGAGCCUGUGCGGGAAGGGGCUGCCCCAAACUGGAAGAAGAAGGAGAAGCUGCCUCAAGUCAGCAAAUCCUGGAACAAUUACAUGUGCAAUGAGGUCAUACAAGAUUUCCAGGCCUCUGUGCUGCAAGUUUCAGAUUCUCCGUAUGAUGAACAGGUAGCUGCCCAGAUGCCCACCGUCCACUACGAAAUGCCCAAUGGCUACAACACCGACUAUGGGGCGGAGCGGCUUCGCAUCCCAGAGGGGCUUUUCGACCCCUCCAACGUGAAGGGUUUGUCGGGGAACACAAUGUUGGGGGUCGGCCAUGUGGUCACAACCAGUAUUGGAAUGUGCGACAUUGACAUUCGGCCUGGUCUCUACGGCAGUGUUAUUGUCACAGGGGGAACCACUUUGCUACAAGGCUUCACGGACCGGCUCAACCGGGAACUCUCUCAGAAAACACCACCGAGCAUGCGCCUGAAGCUCAUUGCCAGCAACAGCAGCAUGGAAAGGAGGUUCAGCCCUUGGAUUGGGGGCUCCAUCUUGGCCUCUCUCGGCACCUUCCAACAGAUGUGGAUAUCGAAGCAGGAAUAUGAGGAAGGGGGCAAACAGUGCGUGGAGAGGAAAUGCCCCUGAAACGGCAGCUGCCCCCUUGCCCUCUUCCUGCCCCCCACCUCAUGGAUGCUGCAGCCCCUCCCCCCAGCGACUCUGGUCCAAAUCACACCCCGCCCUGCUGCAUCCUCUUGGCUUCUCUCCCCUUCCAAAGAACCCAGGAGCCCUGCACCCUGGCCUCAUUUCCACUUGCUCCAGAGAAAAACCCAGGCAUCCUGCAGCCCCUCUGGCCAUCAGUGCUUGCUCCAACCCCAGAUCAAAGUGCCCAGGAGACAAGAGUCUGGCUUCUCUCUCAGUCUCAUCUGAAGCUGCUGAAUUGCAAAAGAGAUGGGAUUUGCGGGGGACGCUCGCCUGAUUCUGCGGUCCUAGACCUCUGUGGACGUCCCUGAAAGGCAGACAUCCCAUUUUCCUGUCUGUGUCCAGUCAGGGGCUGUGGAGGAAGCCCUCUCACCUCCCCUUCUGCCCUUUUAUAUGUAACCUGGGUGGGUCUAUUUAUUCACCGGACUGCUUAAUGGAUUGGCAUUCAUAUUCUUGUUUACAAUUCUUUUCGGUGUCAGAAAAAUAAUAAAU